UUGCUCGGGCUCUUUGCUCGCACACAGUGGCGCUGCUGCUCCCAGCGUCUGCGCCCUGACAGCACAGCAGUCACCUUCCAACCUCUGCGACUCUCCCCUCUCCUCCUCCUACUCCUCCUCCGGCACAGUCGCAGUUUAUCCAGAACCGCAUCCACAGACAGCAUCCGAGGACUUUCUGCUCUUCCUCCUCCUCUUCUUCUUCUUCUUCUUCUCCUCCUCUUUGCUCACACCGGGAGCGCCGUUUGGUGUCUAUUUAUGCCCCACGUCAAGACGCGCGAGGGGUCGCUCCUUCCCGUGCCAGAGCGGUGCUGCCGUGCGCCCCGGUGGUGAUGAGGUUGGUGGUGGCGCACAGCCGACACAGCGUUACAGGGAUCCGUCAGUGUGAGUGAAGAAACCGCCCCAGUGAGGGAACAGGGACGUGGAGGGAGAACAGAGCCGAGCUGAGCAGAGCAGCGGGGAACGCUAUCAUUUCCACUGGGAUGCAUCUCUUCAGUGCCAUGUUCCUACUUGUGAUGUUAGCUGUCCUGCCCUGCUGUGAGGCUCUGUACCCGAGUCCAGAGGAAGGCUGGCAGAUCUACAGCUCGGCGCAGGACGCAGAUGGGAAGUGUAUCUGCACGGUUGUCGCGCCGGCCCAGAACAUGUGUAACCGCGACCCACGCAGCAGACAGCUUCGCCAGCUCAUGGAGAAGGUUCAGAACAUAAGUCAGUCAAUGGAGGUGCUGGACCUGCGGACGUACAGAGACCUACAGUACGUGAGGAACACCGAGAGUCUAAUGAAAGUGGUGGACGGAAAGCUGAAGGUGGCCUCUGAAAAUCCCCGCAGUCUCAAUCCAAAGGGUUUUCAGGAGUUGAAAGACAAGGUCACCCAACUGCUCCCCCUGCUGCCGGUGCUGGAGCAGUACAAAGCGGACGCAAAGAUGAUCCUGCGUCUGCGGGAGGAGGUGAGGAACCUGUCGGUGGUGCUGAUGGCCAUCCAAGAAGAGAUGGGAGCCUACGACUACGAGGAGCUGCGGCAGAGAGUCCUACUCCUGGAGACCAGGCUUCACUCCUGCAUGCAGAAACUAGGCUGCGGGAAGCUCACUGGAGUUAGCAAUCCCAUCACAGUGCGUGCGUCAGGGUCAAGGUUUGGCUCUUGGAUGACGGACACUAUGAUCCCCAGUUCAGACAACAGAGUGUGGUCCAUGGACGGUUACUUCAAGGGACGCCGGGUCCUGGAAUACCGCACGAUGAACGAUUUCAUGAAGGGCCAGAACUUUGUGCAGCACCUGCUGCCUCAUCCGUGGGCAGGCACCGGUCACGUGGUCUACAACGGCUCGCUGUACUACAACAAGUACCAGAGCAACAUCGUCAUCAAGUACCACUUCCGUUCUCGGAGCGUGCUGGUGCAGCGCAGCCUGAGCGGCGCCGGCUACAACAACACCUUUCCCUACUCGUGGGGCGGCUCGUCCGACAUCGACCUCAUGGCGGAUGAAAACGGCUUGUGGGCCGUUUAUACCACCAUCCCCAACGCUGGGAACAUUGUCAUCAGCCGCCUGGAGCCCCAGACCCUGGAAGUGCUGCAGACUUGGGACACGGGGUUUCCAAAGCGCAGUGCCGGGGAGUCUUUCAUGAUCUGCGGCACGCUUUACGUCACCAACUCCCACCUGGCAGGUGCCAAAAUCUACUUUGCCUACUACACCAACACGUCGAGCUACGAGUACACAGACAUCCCCUUUCACAAUCAAUACUCCCACAUCUCCAUGAUGGACUACAACCCCAGGGAGCGGGUCCUUUACACCUGGAACAACGGACACCAGGUGCUCUACAAUGUCACAUUGUUCCAGGUUAUUAAGACUUCUGGUGACUGAGAAGACUCAGACUGAUCCACUCAAAUAAUGCUGUGAUCAUUGUUCAGGGGAGAGGGCGACCUGGGUGUCGGGUGGGUACUGUGGGAGGU